CCCAUCAGCUGUAGGUUGACUGUGAAUGCCAGGGAUAACAUUACAGUCUAUUCCAAGAUGGGGACGGCUUGGUUCAUGUCUGUCAGUGUGGUGUUCCUUCUUUUUAUUGGACAGUGUCAUGGUGUUACAGAUAUACCGACCAUUGCUGGACUCCCGUCGAUAUACAAAGUGAAAGAAGAGUCUAGACUCAGGAUAGACUGCAGUGCUUACACAGCACCAGGCAACCCUUCCACAACAAGGUACAAGUGGACGUACAGUGGUUCUACUGUCAGUACAGGGCCAAUAGUUGACAGAAGCAGCAUCAGAAGGAGUCAGGGGGGACAGUAUACCUGUACUGCCAGCAACACAGAGGGUUCAGCAUCUUCAUCAGUCACUGUGGAUAUACAGUAUGCACCUACCAUUGCUGCACUUCCGUCAAUAUUCAAAGUGAGCGAAACGUCUCAUCUAAAGAUAGACUGUAGUACUUACACAACACUGGGCAACCCUUCCACAACAAGCUACGGAUGGACGUACGGUGGUUCUACUGUCAGUACCGGAGCAGUACUUGAUAGAAGCAGCAUCAGAAAGAGUCAGGCAGGACUGUACACCUGUACUGCCAGCAACACCCUGACACCAAGUGGAACGUCUCAACAACAAGGGAGAACAUCAGCACAGGUUAAUGUGGAUGUCCAGUAUAGACCGACCAUUGCUGGACUCCCGUCGAUAUACAAAGUGAAAGAAGAGUCUAGACUCAGGAUAGACUGCAGUGCUUACACAGCACCAGGCAACCCUUCCACAACAAGGUACAAGUGGACGAACGGUGGUUCUACUGUCAGUACAAGGCCCAUAGUUGACAGAAGCAGCAUCAGAAGGAGUCAGGGGGGACAGUAUACCUGUACUGCCAGCAACACAGAGGGUUCAGCAUCUUCAUCAGUCACUGUGGAUAUACAGUAUGGACCUACGAUUGUCGGACUCCCGUUAAUACGCAAAGUGAAAGAAAGGACUCGUCUGAGGAUAGACUGUAGUACUUACACAACACUGGGCAACCCUUCCACAACAAGCUACGGAUGGACAUACGGUGGUUCUACUGUCAGCACAUGGGCAAUACUUCGUACAAGAAGCAUCAGAAGGAGUCAGGCAGGACUGUACACCUGUACUGCCAGCAACACCCUGACACCAAGUGGAACGUCUCAACAACAAGGGAGAACAUCAGCACAGGUUAAUGUGGAUGUCCAGUACAUAGACACACCUCGACUGACUUUUGAGGAGUAUGAAGUUCAAGAGAACGAUACAGUCACCCUGUCGUGUAAUGUUUCCAGCAACCCUAUUGUGAUAAUGACGGUGAGAAGACCUACCCGUGGCACUGUGCUGGUGGCGAAACGCGUCAAUUCUCUCUCCCAUACCAUACAAAGGGCUCGGUGUUUAGAUACUGGAACAUACACUUGUUCAGCUACAAAUACAGCUGGAUAUCACAUCGCUACAAAGAAGCUAAAUGUAUUAUGUCCUCCUCGCCACGACUACAGGAAGCAGCUGGACAGUGUGGUGAUCAGUAACAGACAACGAGCAGCUUCUCUCGUGGCAGACAUCAUAGCCAACCCCAGGCCAAGCUUCACCUGGCACAGGUAUGAUGGGCAGGUGAUGUCCUCUGUCAGCGGUGGAGCAGGCGCAGUCACCAGUACAGGCCUACAGUCAGCGUUGCAGAUCAACAUCACCUCAGAUGUCGACUAUGGAGACUACACUGUCGAUGUGGAAAACAGUGAAGGCAGAGCGAGACUUACAUACACUCUAUCUGCUGCAUCACCACCCUCUGCACCUUCACAAGUCCAAGCGUCAGCAGUAGGUGACACAUCGGUGUCACUGCAGUGGGUCUCAGGCUACAAUGGUGGGGCAAACCAAACAUUCACGAUGCUGUACAAGUCAGAUCUACACUACCAUUGGGCAAUAUGGAGAGAUGACAUCACAGACCCAGGAAGAGGAACACAGGUCAAGGAAGCCAUCCUUUUGCUGACACCGACCUUGGCCUACCAGUUCCAUCUAUACGGCGUCAAUGUCUACGGUGAAGGGGAAGGCGUCACCAUAAAUACAACUACAUUAUCAUCCGGUAAAUAUGAAUUAGCAGUUGGCCUUGGAACUUCAAAUGGAGCCUUCAUGGUCAUCACCAUUCUGGUCAUUGGUUACUUCGUACGAAGACGGACUUCAGGAAAAGGUGAGAUCACCAACACACAUGCUGACGGAGCAUGUGACAAUAUGUACACAGAUCCAGUUGUACAGAUGCAUUGUCAGGUUACUGAAUUGGAGUGUGUAUAUGAACCAGUUGAAACAGAGAGAAUGCAAUCGGCGGAGGCUGCAGAAGAAGAGUUGUAUUGCAACACAGCUGAACCGUUCAAAGGUGAGAAAACCAAAACACAUUCUGACAAAGUAUGUAACAGUGGGUACACAGAUCGAGCUACACAUCAUCAGGUUUCUGAAUUGGAGCGUGUCUAUGUCCAAUUUGAAAUGGGGAGAAUGCAAUCGGCGGAGGAUGCAGAAGAAGAGGUCUAUUGCAACACAGCUGAACUGAACAAUGAAUCCCUUUACAUGAACACACUGUGAAGAAAAACAUACAACCGACAGAAUACUGAUCAUAGGGGAUGCUGAUUUCAUCAGAUUUAUUUUGCAUGAACUUCUAAAAAAGAUAUUCUAUGUGCUUUUAUAUAUUCACCUUCUUAUGUAGCUGUUGAUACUAUGUCAUUUAGAAGAUAUAUAGUUACAGAUGUUGAAAUAUACGACCUUAUAAUGGCGAUGUUUUAUGCUUUACUCAUAUCUACGGCACAUUCAAUGGCAUUCGGCAGGCACUUUGUCCUGAUGUGAGUACUGUGUACAAGACAUUAUGAAGGACAAUGCACGCACCACAAAAACACAACAUCUGAACCAAAAAACGUGAAAAUAUAUCACUAUAACAGUCUUGAGAUUGUAACUCCUGGACACAUCCUGGGUGAACUCAGGCUACAUAACGUCCUGCUUGACUGCACCACUGCACAACACCUUCCUGGGCUACUGCUCCACAUUGCCUCCCAGGCCAGUGUACUGCUGCAACACUUGGUUUCCGGGUGUUGAUGAAGGAGAUAGGUAUUAUGUGUUUCCGGAUUUGCCGGUGUUAUUGAGUAUUCAAUGCCUGGAUGACUGAGUAUUCCAUCUUGUCACUGCUUCUGUAGAUCGGUAAAUCUUUAUCUAGAAGAAUGGCUGUUCGGCUAAAUACUUGGUUGUUAAUUUCAAUGAUACUGAUAUGUUUUACUUCCUGUUUCUAAUACAACUGAGUUUGAAGGCUAUCAGCAUGAAGGGUGUCAAUGUUUGCGUUCGAGGUUACUGAACAAUGCUCCUAUGCAGUAGUCACGAAAUCAGUAUUUCAAAGCUCGAAAGACAGAGCCAUGUAUGGUUCUGGACAAUUCAAUCGGGUGCGUGAGGGUUCUCGAGUUGCCCGGACAAAGUACCCGGAAAAACCAGUGGGUCAAAGUGAAAGUUGUAGUGGCAGUCAGUAAAGUUAUACUCAUAACCAAAACCUCGUGGAUUGUGGUCUGAUUUAUCAUACUGGGAUAUUUUAAAAGCACAACCUACAAAAUUCCCUCAACAGUGGCCUCUUCAGUGCUAAAUAAAGAUUGAAAAUACAUCAGUCAAUCAAAGAUGAAGGUAACUUUAUACAUCAGAGUUCUUGAGAAUUAGUUCAUGUUUUGUUCUUAGACUAACAUUUCAACCAUCGAUUGUGUUCACAUGUAGACUCAAACUGGUAUAUUAAAAAAAUGUAUACCGACAACAACAACUGUAUUAGAAACAACAAACUCGGUAGAGACUCUUGUCUCCCAUCCUUUGUUUGGUAUGAUUAUGUCUUAUAAUUAUUUUAGGAUGGAAGGUACAGUUACCAAAUAAAAUAUUCUGAAAUAUCAAAUCAUUAUGACCAUAUUUCAUAAUCUAUUUUUUAAAGUAAUCCU